AUGGCGACCACGAAUUGGACGCUCCCCGACCACCCCACGCUCCCCAAGGGGAAGACGGUGGCCGUCGUCGUGCUCGACGGAUGGGGCGAGGCCAGCCCCGACCAGUACAACUGCAUCCAUGUCGCCCAGACGCCCGUCAUGGAUUCGCUCAAGAAUGGUGCUCCUGAGAAGUGGAGACUAGUGAAGGCUCAUGGAACUGCCGUUGGUCUCCCAAGUGACGACGACAUGGGCAACAGUGAAGUUGGCCACAAUGCUCUUGGAGCUGGCCGAAUCUUUGCUCAAGGUGCGAAGCUUGUUGAUGCUGCUCUUGCUUCCGGGAAGAUUUGGGAAGACGAGGGGUUCAAUUACAUCAAGGAAUCUUUUGAUAAGGGUACUCUGCACCUUAUUGGUUUGUUGAGUGAUGGAGGCGUUCACUCCCGGCUAGACCAAGUGCAGUUGAUUGUGAAAGGUGCCAGUGAGAGGGGAGCAAAAAGAAUUCGCCUUCACAUUCUUACUGAUGGGCGUGAUGUUUUGGAUGGCAGUAGUGUUGGUUUCGUAGAGACAAUUGAGAACGAUCUUGCUCAGCUUCGUGAGCAGGGUGUUGAUGCACGGAUUGCAUCUGGUGGUGGAAGGAUGUAUGUUACCAUGGACCGCUACGAGAAUGACUGGAGUGUGGUCAAGCGUGGGUGGGAUGCCCAGGUGCUUGGAGAAGCACCACACAAAUUCCAAAAUGCACUUGAAGCUGUGAAGACUCUAAGAGCAGAGCCCAAGGCCAAUGAUCAGUAUUUGCCCCCAUUUGUGAUAGUUGAUGAGAGUGGCAAAUCGGUUGGUCCUAUAGUAGACGGUGAUGCAGUCGUGACUUUCAAUUUCAGAGCUGAUCGCAUGGUUAUGCUUGCGAAAGCACUCGAGUUUCCUGAUUUUGAUAAAUUUGACCGUGUUCGUGUACCAAAAAUUAAGUACGCUGGGAUGCUUCAAUAUGAUGGUGAGUUGAAGCUUCCAAGCAAGUACCUUGUUUCCCCACCUUUGAUUGAGAGGACAUCUGGUGAAUACUUGGUGAAGAAUGGUGUCCGCACCUUCGCUUGCAGUGAGACAGUGAAGUUUGGCCAUGUCACAUUUUUCUGGAAUGGAAACCGUUCGGGAUACUUUGACGAGACCAGGGAAGAGUAUGUAGAAAUUCCCAGUGACAGUGGUAUCACAUUCAAUGAGCAGCCCAAAAUGAAGGCACUUGAAAUUGCUGAGAGAACUCGGGAUGCUAUCCUCAGUGGGAAGUUUGACCAGGUGCGUAUUAACCUGCCAAACGGUGACAUGGUUGGUCACACUGGUGAUAUUGAAGCUACAGUUGUUGCUUGCAAGGCUGCUGAUCAUGGAAACGCAGAGGAUAUGGUUAAGAGGAACAAAGCUGGCCAGCCGAUGCUCGACAAGAGCGGUAGCAUCCAGAUUCUUACCUCGCAUACGCUUCAGCCAGUCCCUGUUGCUAUCGGAGGCCCUGGUCUCCACCCAGGAGUGAGAUUCCGCUCCGACAUCCAGACACCUGGGCUCGCCAACGUUGCCGCCACCGUGAUGAACCUCCACGGCUUCCAGGCUCCUGCUGAUUAUGAGACGACCCUCAUCGAAGUCGUCGACAAGUAA